AUGGGUUCGAUUUGUUUGCAGAUGAAAUCUAUCGUUAUAUUGCUAUUCUCUUUGCUAAGUAUAGUAUCUGCUGCUGAUAUACAAUGUAAUUCAACUUCUCACUGUCCAGAAGAUCAACCUUGUUGUUCACAAUUUGGUACUUGUGGUACUGGUGCUUAUUGUUUAGGUGGUUGUGAUAUUAGGUAUUCUUUUAAUUUAACUGCUUGUAUGCCUAUGCCAAGAAUGGACAGUUUCAGCCAAACUUGGGAAUCAAAGGAUAAAGUUCAAGAAAUUGAAUUACAAUCUGAUUAUUUAGGAAAUGCUUCUGAAGCUGAUUGGGUUUAUACUGGUUGGGUUGAUUAUCAUGAUGAAGCUUUGUUAGUUCAAAUGCCUAAUCAUACUACAGGUACUGUUUUAUCUUCAACUAAAUAUUUAUGGUACGGUAGAGUCGGUGCUCAUUUAAAAACUUCAAGAGACGGUGGUGUUGUUACUGCUUUUAUUUUGUUCUCUGACGUUCAAGAUGAAUUAGAUUAUGAAUUUGUUGGUUAUAAUUUAACUGCACCAGAAACUAAUUUUUAUGCCCAAGGUAUUUUAAAUUAUACAAAUUCAAGGAAUUCAACAACAAAUAAUACUUUUGAAAAUUAUCAUUAUUAUGAAAUUGAUUGGCAAGAAGAUAAAACUGAUUGGUAUAUUGAUGGAGAAAAGGUGCGUACAUUGGAAAGAGACCUAACUUGGAAUGAUACAACAAAUAGAUAUGAUUAUCCACAAACUCCAUCAAGAAUUCAAAUUUCAUUAUGGCCAGGUGGUGAUCCUUCAAAUGGUAAUGGUACUAUUGAUUGGGCUGGUGGUUACAUUAAUUGGGAUUCUGAAGAUAUUCAAAAUUAUGGUUAUUAUUAUGCUUAUGUCAAAGAUAUUAAGUUUGAAGCUUCUGAUAUACCUGAAGGUGUUCCAUUAUAUCAUGGAAACUCAACUGAUGAAGCAGAUUAUCAUGCUUAUAGAUAUAAUAGUACCGAUGGUGAUGAUACUGAUGUAAUGUUGACAAACGAUAAAACGUGGUUAGGUAGUCCUGAUGCAACUGGUAAUGAUCCACAAAAUGAAGGCGAUUCGCAGAAUAAUGAAAAAACUUCAACAAUUGUAAUUACCUCCGGAUCAAGCACAAUAACAUCAAUUCAAACAUCAACUAGCAAAGUAUCAGCCAAUGUUCCAGCUCAAAAUACAGCUGCUGCAAAUCAACAAACUGAUGACCAAUCACAAAAUACAAAUACAGUUGAAUAUAAUCCAAGUGCAGGUAUAGGUGGAUUUGUACAAGAUUCAAGAGCAUCCACAUCAGCUACAACAGGAGGUUCAACUAGUUUGAAUAUAGGUAUAUUUAGUUCUAUGAUUUUGGGUAUAUUUUCAUUUUUAGUAUAG